UUCCCGGCCGGGGCGGAACUGGAGCGGGGCGCCACCGGAAGCGGAAGUGGGAGCGGUGGCGGAGCGGGAUGGAGGAGCCCGAGAUGCAGCUGAAGUUACAGACAAAUUCACAGAGAGCAUGUAUGUGCUGGCCAACGAGCCCUCCGUGGCCCUGUACCGGCUCCAGGAACACGUCCGGCGAUCGCUUCCAGAGCUCGCUCAGCACAAGUCCGACAUGCAGAGCUGGGAGGAGCAGAGCCAAGGAGCCAUCUACACCGUGGAGUAUGCCUGCAGUGCCAUAAAGAGCAUGACCGACAGCAGCGUGUACUUCAAGAGCAUUGACAGUCUCCUCAAGCAUGCCAUUGCCAUGAAGGAUCAGCUGAACGCCGCUCAGGGCCGCAGCACUGUUGCCCCACAAGCCAAGAAUCCUCCAGGUAGUUCCUGAUUUCAAACAAGACUGGCUGUCCUCUGCCUUCUUCUCCAGCCCAGCUCCAUGUUUUCCAACCACAUGGAAGAAUAAGAAAUCUGCUCAGUCUGUGAAGCUGCACAGAGGUGUGUGCCUGCCUGUCUGUUCCCAGUAACAAGGUGCUGCACCUGAGCAGUAAAAACCCUGCCACUGGGGUCAGAACUGCCUUUGGGGGAUGUUUUGGGGAGCAGUCGUAUCCUUUCCCACAGUGGGAAUGGAAAGGGGGUGGUUCUGCAUUUGUCCUUUCCAGUUCUUUUUGAUGGCGGACUGCUAGGAGGCAUUUUUCUUCUCUAACUGUUGGCCACAGAAAUAUCUCAGAAAAACUAGGUCUUCUUUCAGUAUUUUGUAGAUGGCUGUGUCCAGACUGAAUGGAGGCACACUUCAGCCUUGUUCAGGGGGUGUUCUGCAAGGAGAGCUUUUUGUGUGUGUGCCAAAAAGUCGCUGAGUUUGGUCUUAGGGAGAACAAUAAUAAAAAGGAAAAACAA